GCGCCCGGGGCGGGGGGGGGGAAGUCGGGGGCGGCCGCUGAGCCCCUGCCAUGUUCUCCGUGCAGGAGGCGCUGCCCCGGGGGGGGCUGCCCAUGAAGGAAGAGCCGCUGACGGCCGGGCUGCCCUCGGUGAGGUGGCUGCAGGGCACCGGCAUCCUGGACGCCAGCACGGCGGCGCAGAGCGGGGUGGGCCUGGCCCGAGCCCACUUCGAGAAGCAGCCCCCCUCCAACCUGCGGAAAUCCAACUUCUUCCACUUCGUCCUGGCCAUGUACGACCGGCAGGGCCAGCCCGUGGAGAUCGAGCGCACCUCCUUCAUCGACUUCGUAGAGAAGGAGCGGGAGCAGAACGGCGAGAAAACCAACAACGGCAUCCACUACCGGCUGCAGCUGCUCUACAGCAACGGGGUCCGGACCGAGCAGGAUCUCUACGUCAGGCUCGUCGACUCCAUGUCCAAGCAGGCCAUCAUCUACGAGGGGCAGGACAAGAACCCAGAGAUGUGCCGGGUCCUCCUCACCCACGAGAUCAUGUGCAGCCGCUGCUGUGACAAGAAGAGCUGCGGGAACCGCAACGAGACGCCCUCGGACCCCGUCAUCAUCGACAGGUUUUUCCUCAAGUUUUUCCUCAAGUGCAACCAAAACUGCCUGAAGAACGCAGGGAACCCACGGGACAUGCGGCGCUUCCAGGUGGUCGUGUCGACGACUGUGAACGUGGAUGGCCACGUGCUGGCCGUGUCCGACAACAUGUUCGUGCACAACAACUCCAAGCACGGGCGGCGAGCGCGGCGCCUCGACCCCUCCGAAGCAGCCACCCCCUGCAUCAAAGCCAUCAGCCCCAGCGAGGGCUGGACCACCGGCGGCGCCACCGUCAUCGUCAUCGGCGACAACUUCUUCGACGGGCUGCAGGUCGUCUUCGGCACCAUGCUGGUGUGGAGCGAGCUCAUCACGCCUCACGCCAUCCGGGUGCAGACCCCCCCGCGGCACAUCCCCGGCGUGGUGGAGGUGACGCUCUCCUACAAGUCCAAGCAGUUCUGCAAGGGCGCCCCGGGGCGCUUCGUCUACACCGCGCUGAACGAGCCCACCAUCGACUACGGGUUCCAGCGCCUGCAGAAGGUCAUUCCCCGGCACCCCGGAGACCCCGAGCGCUUGCCCAAGGAGGUGCUGCUGAAGCGGGCGGCCGACCUGGUGGAGGCUCUCUACGGGAUGCCGCACAGCAACCAGGACAUCAUCCUGAAGCGCGCGGCAGACAUCGCCGAGGCUCUGUACAGCGUCCCCCGCGCCCCCGCGCAGCUCUCCUCGCUCGGCAGCCACGGCCCCGGCGCCGUGAUGGGGGUGAACUCCUUCGGCAGCCAGCUGGCUGUCAACAUCGGCGACUCGGCGCAGGGCCCCGAGCAAGGCUACUCCCGGAACACGAGCAGCGCCUCGCCGCGGGGCUACGUGCCCAGCUCCACGCCGCAGCAGGGCGGCUACGGCGGCACCUCCGGCAUCAACGGCUAUGGGGGCAGCGGCAUGGCCGGCCUGGGGGUGCCCGGCUCCCCCAGCUUCCUCAACGGCUCCACCGCCAACUCCCCCUACGCCAUCAUGCCCGCCAGCCCCCCCCUCGGCGCCUCCUCCAUCACCCUCCCGUCCGGCACCGCCACCUCCGCCCCCGCCGGGGGCUUCUCCUUCUCCCCCGUCAACAUGAUCUCGGCGGUGAAGCAGAAAAGCGCCUUCGCCCCCGUGGUGCGGCCGCAGACCUCGCCGCCGCCCGCCUGCUCCAGCACCAGCGGCAGCAGCCUGCAAGACCCGGCUUUUGAGGACUCGGACAAGUUCCACACCCCUGCGCGGUCGCUCCAGGGACUGGCCUAUUCCUAAGCACACCGUGCCCAGGCUCCACGUGCUGCCCGCAGGAGCCAGGACAGCCCCGAGCAGCAGACGGGGACGGGACCGAGCGCGGCCGUGAGCGUGGCGGUGCCGGCCCCUCCGACCCGUGCCCGGGGCUGGGAGGGCUGCGGGGCCAGGACCUACUGCCUGUGGGUCCCGGAGCUCAGCCCCUGCUGCAGCGGGGUGCCCCCGGGGCAGCGGGGUGACCCUGGCCAGCAUGACCAGAAGGGGACAGCGUGGCCCGAUCCUGGUUUCGGCACAGUCCCUCAUGGGGCCAGCCAGAGGCCUUUGGGGAGCUCCUGGGAUCGAAUCAACCCCUCCGAGUGUAGCCUCAGAAGCACCCCAAGACCUGUGCAGCAGGACCGGGACCCCCGUGCGGGGGCAGCGCCGGGAAGCGGGGCGGAAGGCUCCGGUCGGCCCCGCUCCCCCCUCACCUCCGAGCUCGCUGCCCAGAUGUGUGCUUCCAGAUGUGCAGCCGCCCACCCGCAGCUCCCGGGCGGCCGCGGCCGGGUCUCUGCCCCUGCGCCCCCUCGCAGCACCGGGGCCGUGCGGGGGCUCAGCCCAGCGCAGCCUGCCCGGCUGGGGUUGGGGGGGGGGAGGGGGGCCACGCUGCCCCCCCCCCCAGCCCGAGCCCCCCGCGGGGGCACGCAGCACUUUGCCCACCCCGAGCCAUCUGAGCCCUUCAGCGCGGUUCCCGGCCCCAUCAGCGCCCGGAGCCGGCAGCCGCAGGACACAGCUGCAGCUCUUUUAUUGUGAUUAUCGCUACGGUUAUUAUUAAUAAUAUUAUUAUUGUUUUUAGCGACAGGCGAGCCCCAGGGAAGGGGGCUCUGGCGGGCCUGGCGGGAGCCCCCCGGGGCUGGCACUGCCCCCCCUCCCGUUUGGGGCUCUGCUGGCACUCCCAGGCAGGGGGGAGCGAACAGAAAUUUUGUAAAUAAAGGAAAAGAAAAAAAAACACCACUCCCCCCCCCCCCAUCCCCGUCCCUCUCCCAUCCGCAUCCCCUUGCAGGGUGGCCGUGUGCCCCUGUCCCCCUGCCGCCGUGUGUCUCGUGCCUCAGCCAAGGUGACGCCUCCGUGCCCAGCCCGUGCCACCCGCAUCGUCCCCUCAUCCGGAGCUGGGACCUCACCAGCUGUCCCCAUCUGGGGGUCCCAGGGUAGAGCCCCCCCCCCCCCCCCCCAGUGACCUCCAGCCACCAGCGCUGGCCCCUGUCCCCAGCCCAGCCUCGAGGACAGGGGGCUGGGGACAGGGUCACACAGUGCUGGGGACGGGGUGGCUGGGACGGGGUGGCCCCACCGGGGUGCUGGUGCCCCCUGCGGCGGUGGCACGGGGCGGGCUGUGCAGGCUGGCUUGGAAGCGGGGGGGCUUUUUGAAACGGAAAUAAAAGGACUUGCA